AUGGAUUCACGUUCACCAGAGCAUAGAUCAACGGUGGAGGAGGAGGAGGAAAAAAAUGGAGUGAGUGGUAAAGGAACGUGGAAGCACGCAGCUUUUCAUGUUGCCACCACAAUUGCUACUCCUGCAGCUUAUGCUCCCUUGCCCUUUGCUCUUGCUUCUCUUGGCUGGCCUCUCGGUGUGAGUAGCCUAGUGAGUGCAACACUAGCAACAUGGUACUCAAGCAUUUUGAUUGCUUCUUUAUGGAAAUGGAAUGGAGAUAAACAUCUUACCUAUAGACAUCUUGCACAAAGUCUUUUUGGAUUCCGGGGGUAUUGGUCUAUUGCCUUGUUCCAGCAAAUUGCUUCUUUGGGAAAUAACAUAGCUAUCCAGAUUGCAGCUGGGAGCAGCCUUAAGGCAGUUUACAAGCAUUAUCACUCAGAUGGAAAAUUGAGGCUACAACAUUUUAUUAUUUUCUUUGGAGUUUUUGAAUUAUUGCUCUCUCAACUACCUGAUAUUCACUCACUCAGAUGGGUUAAUGCAUUGUGCACUUUUAGUACCAUAGGAUUUGCUGGUACAACCAUUGGCGUCACAAUUUACAACGGGAAGAAGAUUGAUAGAACAUCAGUUAACUACAGUUUGCAGGGUAGUUCUGCAUCCAAGUCCUUCAAAGCCUUCAAUGCUCUUGGAACCAUAGCCUUUUCAUUUGGUGAUGCAAUACUUCCAGAAAUACAGAAUACGGUAAAAGAACCCGCAAAGAAGAACAUGUACAAAAGCAUAUCAGCAGCAUACACUGUGAUUGUUUUGAGUUACUGGCAGUUGGCUUUCUUUGGAUAUUGGGCUUUCGGAUCACAAGUCCAACCUUACAUUUUAGCUUCUCUAUCCAUUCCAGAAUGGACUGUUGUUAUGGCAAAUUUAUUUGCAGCUAUUCAAAUCUGUGGAUGCUUUCAGAUUUAUUGCAGACCAACUUACACCUAUUUUGAGGGAAGCAUAGAAUCCAACAAAUCUACAAGCCAUUUCCCUCUAAGAAGUCAACUGAUACGGCUUUUUUAUACUUCCAUAUACAUGACUCUUGUUACUCUUAUUGCUGCAGCUGUGCCAUUUUUUGGGGAUUUUGUGUCCAUUUGUGGGGCAAUUGGGUUUACUCCUUUGGACUUUGUGUUUCCUGCUUUAGCAUAUCUUAAAGCUGGAAACAUAACCAAAAACUCCAAACUUGGAAUUUUGAUGAAGCCGUUAAAUAUUGUAAUAGCUUCCUGGUUCUCACUUGUUGCUGUUUUGGGUUGUAUUGGUGCAGUGAGGGCCAUAGUGGAAGAUAUCAAGAACUAUAGGUUCUUCCAUGAUAUGUAA